UCACUGACCCACCACAACAUCUCUUGUCCGUCUUUCUGUUCUUCUCAGCGCUCUCUCUCUACUUCAUCGCAUCUGCACCGCUCCGGCUUUCGUCUCUCUCGUCGCCCGCACGCAUCGACACUCGUUAAGAUACCCAACCCCUCACAUCGCUUCUUCUCCUCGCCCCACCCCUCAACCCCUCACCAUAAUGCUCCUCCGCACGCUCCUCCUCUCCGCCCUCGCGCUCGUCUCGCAUGCCCAGGUCAUCCCCUCCGAGCCCGACGGAUCCACCGUCGUCCGCGCCGGCAACAACAUCACCACCACCUGGGCCGCGGACAAGAGCGGCACGUGGACCAACCUCACCAUCCAGCUCAUGACGGGCUCCAACCUCGCCAUGGUGCCCCUCGAGACUGUCGCCUCUGGCCUCGAUGGCGCCAAGACGACGAGCUUUAGCUUUGUCGCGCCCGCGGUGGAUCCCUACUCCAAGAUCUACUUCCUCCAGUUCACCAACGGCGGUAACCCCACCGGCGUGCAGUGGACCACGCGCUUCACCAUCGCCGCUGCGGACGGCACCACGGUCCCCCCUCCGCAGAACGAGACGAUCGCCGACGGCUCCAUCGUGGGCUGGGGCAUCGGCUCCAUCGUCGGCGGCGGCGUCGCGCCUCCUGCUCCCGGCGCGCCGUCGGGCGUGCUCGCCGCUUCCUCGGCGCCGCCCGCGUCGUCUGCCACCCCCUCGGCCGCCGUGACUUCCGACGCCGCCGCUCCCUCGCUCGCGCCGUCCGUCUCCGCUGCCCCCUCCGUCUCGGCCUCGGUCAGCCACGCCCCUGCCGUCUCGGCCUCGGCCGCCCCCUCGGCGAGCGCCGCGCCCAAGCCCAACGCCGCUGGUGCCCGCGCCGCGCCCGCCCUCGCGCUCGUCGCCCUUGCUGCCGCCGGCGCUGCGGUCCUCGCGUAA